CCCCUCUUGUGGCCAAAAGAUCAUACUCAAUAUAUAAUUGAAUUGUGAUUAUAUAUACACAUAUAUAUAAGAUACUAUAGCAAUAAUUAAUUAAUUAAUUAAUUUUGUCCUUCUUCAAUUACAAUGGAAUUCAUUGUCUUGCUCCUUCUGAUCUUCUCCUUGUUCAACAAUAUUUACAGUACAGAAGCUACUGAUGUGAAGAAGCUAUUUGUGUUCGGGGACUCGCUCGUCGAUGUCGGAAACUAUGACAGCGAUCCCCGUACACCAUGGCUUGAGCCCUAUGGGAUGACAUUUCCCGGAAAACCGGCAGGGCGAUUCUCCGAUGGUCGUGUUUUGAGUGAUAAUAUAGCUUCAUUUUUGGGCAUAGAAGCUCCCAUUGCAUUCAAAAAAAUUGAAAGCGCAGAGAAAUCAGAACUGCAAAAUGGGAUGAGCUUUGCAUGUGGAGGGAGUGGUGUCUUUGAUACUCCAAAUAUCAAUCCAGAUGCUCCAAAAAUGUCAAAACAAAUUGAUAAUCUUCAAAAGUUGCUUGAACAAGAAAAAUUGUACACCAAAGACGACCUUCAAUCGUCUGUUGCCUUGGUAAACACCGGAGUCAAUGACUACAUGGAUUCUCAGUUUAGCAAGAAAACCCAGAGUUGGUCAGAGUUGUCUGCAUCGCUGAUCGACCAAUUGGUCAUAGACAUCAAACGAAUUCAAGACUUGGGAGUGCCAAAAGUAGCUGUGGCAACAGUAAUGCCAGUAGGAUGUGCACCAAGCUUCAACACAAAACUUGAUCAUAAGAGCUGCAAUGAGGUUGUGAACAAAGAUGUAGAUUUACACAACAAGAAUCUAAAAGAAGCAGUGCAGAAAUUAAACAAGGUCGAAAUCAUCGAUGUCCAUGGGGCAAUGAUGUCCGUAUUGAAACGAACUGAAGAAAGUUUGAAGUUCAAUCCAUUGAAGCAAUGCUGUGGGGGUAUAAUCCCUGGGGGUGACACCUGUGGGACAGUGGGCAAGAAUAAGGAAAAGAUGUACCAAGUAUGCGAGAACCCAAAGUUAUCUGUAUUUUGGGACUUUGUACAUCCUUCCCAGAAUGGAUGGGAACUUAUCUAUUCCGUUCUAAAAUCUGAUCUGAAUGUAUUAUUCACCUAAUCUUGUGUUCAUUCUCAAGAAAAUAAAUUAUAAUAAUGAAGGCCAAAGUUUCUAACAA